AUGUCACCCUUUAUCCCUGUUUACACCUCUGCAGAGACGCAGAAGAUGGGGUCCCAGGGCUCACCUGUCUCUGUCCAUGUCUCCCCUUCAUCUGGUGUGGUUGACAUUGAUGACCCUGACUCCUGCAACCGUCACCCUCUUGUUCCCGCUGUCACAACCUCCUCCAGCUGCCCUUCUUCCACCUGUGGCAUUGCAUCCUUGCUGGCUAGGGGCUCAGGAGACUUGGGAAAAGCAAAUGACACAGACCUCUUGGAACAUGACCAAUUAAGAAUGCAGGUGGUGUUAUUGCUAUUUGCAAAAGAAGACAAACAGAGUGAUGGAUUUUGGUGGGCUUGUGAGAGAGCUGGAUAUCGGUGUAACAUUGCUCGGACACCAGAGUCAGCACUUGAAUGCUUUCUUGACAAACACCAUGAAAUAAUUGUCAUAGAUCACAGAAAUUCCAGAUAUCUUGAUGCAGCAGCCAUCUGUAGGUCAAUCCGUGCUACAAAACCUGCUGAAUAUACUGUAAUAUUAGCUGUUGUUCCACAGAAGUCUCUUGGUGAAGAAGAAGCUUCCGUUCUCCCCCUUCUCCAUGCAGGUUUCAACAGAAGAUACUUUGAGAACAGCAGUAUCAUUGCUUGUUAUAAUGAGCUGAUUCAAAUAGAAUAUGGUGAGGUACGAUCACAGUUCAAACUGCGAGCUUGCAAUUCAGUGUUCACAGCACUAGAACAUUGUCAUGAAGCUGUUGAAAUUACUAGUGAACAUCAUGUCAUUCAGUAUGUCAACCCAGCCUUUGCGCAGAUGAUGGGCUAUCAAAGAGGAGAGCUUAUAGGAAAGGAGCUUACUGAACUUCCUAAAAGUGAUAAAAACCGUGUGGAUCUACUGGACACAAUCAACACAUGCAUAAAAAGAGGAAAGGAAUGGCAAGGAGUUUAUUAUGCACGGAAAAAAUCAGGGGACAGUAUUCAGCAGCAUGUGAAAAUAACACCUGUCACUGGCCAAGGAGGGAAAAUCCGACAUUUUGUGUCUAUCAAGAAACUCUGCUGCAGUAAUGAUAGCAACAAACAGAAUUACAAGACCCAUCAUGAUGAAAAGUGUAUGGGAAACCAGCUUCAGUCAGAAUCUCAUACCUUCAGAUGCAAGAACAGGAAGAAAGAAUCCACUGAUGCCAAAUCACUAGCCUCUCGAAGCAGCGAUGCCCCAAGUUUGCAGAAUCGUCGGUAUUCAUCAAUGGCAAGAAUCCACUCCAUGACAAUAGAGGCUCCAAUCACAAAGGUCAUUAACAUAAUCAAUUCUGCUCAAGAGAACAGUCCUGUAACUGUAGCAGAGGCUUUGGAUAGGGUUUUGGAAAUCCUGCGAACAACAGAACUUUACUCACCUCAGCUAGGAACCAAAGAUGAAGAUCCUCAUACUAGUGAUCUCGUUGGAGGGCUGAUGACUGAUGGCUUGAGAAGGGUGUCAGGAAAUGAAUACAUAGUUUCUAAAAGUACAAGCCAGAGCCAUGGUCACCUUUCAGUGCCCAAUACCAUCAGUGACAUUCCACCCUGUAUUGCACACUUGCUGGAGAAUGAAGAGAACUGGGAUUUCAACAUUUUUGAACUGGAAGCUGUUACAAAUAAAAGGCCUUUGGUUUAUCUGGGUUUGAAAAUUUUUGCCCGUUUUGGUGUCUGUGAAUUUCUAAACUGCUCAGAAGCCACCAUUCGUGCCUGGCUCCAGGUGAUAGAAGCCAACUAUCAUUCUUCUAAUUCCUACCAUAAUUCGACUCAUGCAGCUGAUGUGUUGCACGCGACGGCAUUCUUUCUGGGGAAAGAGAGAGUGAAGGGAAGCCUUGAUCAUUUAGAUGAAGUGGCUGCUUUACUAGCUGCAACAGUUCAUGAUGUAGAUCACCCGGGACGAACCAACUCUUUCCUUUGCAAUGCAGGCAGUGAGCUGGCUGUGCUCUACAAUGACACGGCUGUCCUGGAAAGCCAUCACACAGCACUGGCAUUCCAGCUCACUGUGAAAGACAACAAGUGCAACAUCUUUAAGAAUCUCAACAGAAAUCAUUAUCGAACACUUCGUCAGGCAAUUAUUGACAUGGUUUUGGCAACAGAAAUGACGAAGCACUUUGAACAUGUAAACAAAUUUGUGAACAGCAUCACUAAGCCUAUGGCUUCUGAGGAAACCAAUGCUAACAUUGAGGGUAGCAGCUGUGAAUGUACAUCCAAUCUGAAGAACUAUCCAGACAACCAGACACUGAUCAAGCGCAUGAUGAUUAAAUGUGCAGAUGUUGCAAAUCCAUGUCGCCCUCUGGAACUAUGCAUUGAGUGGGCUGGGAGAAUUUCAGAAGAGUAUUUUGCACAGACUGAUGAAGAAAAGAGACAGGGUUUACCAGUUGUCAUGCCAGUAUUUGACAGAAAUACCUGUAGUAUCCCAAAGUCUCAAAUAUCCUUCAUCGAUUACUUCAUAAUGGACAUGUUUGAUGCCUGGGAUGCAUUUGCUCAUCUACCUAUUCUGAUGGAACACUUAGCAAAGAACUACAAACACUGGAAAACAUUAGACGAGUCAAAGUGCAGAAGCCUCCGCCUUCCUUCAGAGAACAAUAACAGAAGCUAAGAGGAGGAAGCAGAACAUCAGUAGCCUACCACUCACACUGUGAACCACAAGCUGGUACAGACCUAAAGGGGCAGACUUUCCUUCACAAUGAAGAAAUCAACUAGGCAGCAAGAAGAGAAUAAUUAUUUCUUGACUUUAAAUAGUUCUAAAGUCUGCAAAACUUGUUUUUUAUAUAUAUAUACAAGGUGAUAACCUAGAGACCAAUAAAUACUUUAUAAAGUUA